AUGGCGGCGGUGGAGGAGGCGGAGGCGGCGGCGGACGGGGCGGCCAAACCGCUGUUUGCAGGCCUUGCAGGUGUAUCAAUAUCUGGAGAUAUUCCAGUGGAAGGAGAAAUCACUGUUCCUGUGGGAUCUCGCUCCCCUGAUGAAGACUACUCCACACUAGAUGAGCCAGUUAAAGAUACCAUUAUGCGAGAUCUGAAAGCGGUUGGGAAGAAAUUUGUCCACGUUAUGUAUCCUAAAAAGAGCAGCGCCCUCCUAAGAGACUGGGAUUUAUGGGGACCUUUAAUCCUGUGUGUAUUGCUUGCGCUAAUGCUUCAGGGAAGAUCAGCGGACAGUACAGAAGACAAAGGGCCUCAGUUUGCAGAAGUGUUCGUCAUCAUUUGGUUUGGUGCCGUUGUCAUAACGCUAAAUUCCAAGUUGCUUGGAGGAACCAUAUCUUUCUUUCAGAGCCUGUGUGUCCUGGGCUACUGCAUCCUGCCACUGACAGUGGCUCUGCUGGUGUGCAGACUGGUACUUCUGGCAAAUUCCGGAACCGUCGGCUUCGUUGUGCGCCUUUUGGUGGUGAUGGCGAUGUUUGGCUGGUCAACGUUAGCCUCCACAGCCUUCCUGGCAGACAGUCAGCCCCCAAAUCGGAAGGCCCUGGUCGUGUACCCCAUCUUCCUGUUCUACUUCGUCAUCAGCUGGAUGAUCCUCACCUUCGCACCUUAGGGAGGCCACAGGAGCAAAGACUGCAGAACUGGGGAAGUGACCCUUUUGGGACCGUGGCACUUGGCAGUUGGUUCUGUCCUAUCGAUGUAUAUAGUAUCUGUUGUGGAAUGGCACACAAGUUAGGGCAUAAAGCCCAGGUGGCCAGCAAAUGGUCGCUCCCAUAUUCCUUAUUCUUCUAUGAAGCAGUUUCCUGAGUGAUGCUGACAUCUCCUUACACAGCAUUUAUUUUGUCCUCCUGCUAUAGCAAAGGCCCACCAGGGGGCAGGCCUACUCCGCUUGAAGUAUGCUGCAGUUUGGGAACAGUUUCACUGGGCCAAUGAAGAAUGUUGCUAAAGGAUGACUUCCGAUGUGCCAGGUCCACCUUUGACAUUUUGCAUUCCAUAGAACGCCAUCUUGCACUUUUUAAAAUGCAAACAUUUCAAUCCCUUCUUCAUGCAAAACAGAGAAAGUUGUCUGGAGUUGGUUAGAAGGCACCUUUUGUUAUUUCACCCACUUUAUAAUUAUUCACCAAAAACGUUUGGUUUUACUUGAUGCUCAGCCAAGCACAUCGGGAAAGUUUGCUUCAGAAAGUCAAGAACACAGCCUGGACUUAAUGCAUUUAGUAUGUUUCAGAUCCUGCGAGUACAUGGGAACAGUAUCUUUGCCAACUGCCUUGAUCACAUCAGCACAGUGUUUUGUGUUGGGGAAGGAUGGUGGGUGUUGGGCAGUUAGCAUCAGAUGCAAAUCUGUGGUCAGCUGGAGGCCAGAAGGAAGCUCUGAUGGGGGAGAUCCCUGUCUCUCAGAACACGCUGCAUAAGGGCAUAAAUAUUUAACACUGGAAACCCCAAAGAGGCUUUGGGGGAAACAGAGUCUCAGUCUUUACCAAAGCUGUUGGCUUCUUGGACUUAUUUUAAGGAUCUGGCUGAAUGAAUGGGGGGGCUUCAUGCCCGUGAGCUGGUCUUUCUGACAGAAAUGCAUCUGUUCAGUUCCUGUGUCUUUUGGGCUCAAUUAAGUGGGAGACUUCCUCUGUAACUGCUGAAAGAAGAUGAUGUGAAUGUAUGGUUUUUAUGAACCAAGGAAGGGUAUAUAAAUUAUUCACUGAGAUUUUGGGUGCACAUACUUUAAUCCUGAAUUAUUCAGCUCUCUGGGUAAAGCUUGGGAAGAUGCACUUCUUUCCCAAAUGGGUUCUGCUUGUACCUUGCUGUUGUCAGCAAAGAAUCAUAGUGUGGCAUAGAUGAUGAAGAAAGAAGCUUAUUCUUCAGAAAUAUGCUGUUCCAAAUGCACAGUGACCGAACUUUUGUGCUCUUUUUCCUAUUGUAUAUGGAAGAUGUGAUGAGGGCCUAUUGUAGGUUGUGUGUAUCUUGCAGUUUUGUGUUUAAAUUCCACAUUGGCUGCAUAAUAAGACAAAAGGAAAACUGAUUUUCCGUUUGUGUCUAGUUUGAAAAUGGAAUACCUGUGUGGGAGAAUGCAUGCAUUUGUUGUGACAGCAUGGGAGGGUAGCCUGCAUCUUGCAUCCAGAGUUUCUGGAUAAUAUUGAAUUGUAGCAGUGCAGGCCUUUAUAGUCCAACAUAGCAAUGCAGUAUUGUGCUAUAUGAGCCUUGUGGGAUUCAACGGACAGCAGGCUUUGUCUCCAGUCCUUGCUUGCACCUCUAAAGGGAACUGGUGUGUCCUACUGAACAGAAGUCAUAACAAUCAUACCUUUUGUCUCCACAAGUCGCAGGAGGGCUUUUGUUUGUUUUGGUAAAUGAAGCAGACCCCUAAAGCCACACUGGAUAACCUGAGCCUCUGAUGUCAUCAUCUCUUUAUAUCUGAAUUGCUUUAAAAGAAUAUUAUUGGUCACCUGGAGUCACCGAAGCAAGACUGACCCUCAGGAGCCUUAAAAAUUAAACUGCCCAUUUGUGUGUGUGUGUAUAUAAUCUUAAAA